AUGCUGAAUCUCGGAUUUGCUGCAAUCCCAACGUUUAUUCGCAAAAUCAACGCAAAGCAAGUCGAUAGCGUUAAACCUGUUGUUAUUGGUUGCUACAGAAUGUAUGCCGGCGACGAACUCGGUCGCGGUGUUCAGAAGGGCGGUGGUAAAGGUGGCCAUGUGCGUGAUGCCGGUGGCUCUCUCGGAAAACGUGAAGCUGCUCUUGAGGAAGAAUAUUUCUAUCGCAAGAACAUGGAACAAUUGAAUGACUUUAAAAAGCACCUUGAAGACGAGGUCAACUUCCACAAAGAACAGAUUGAACGCCACAAGGAAGCCCUAAAGAGAAGUCUUAAAGAACUAGAUGAAAUCGACUAA